AUGAGCAAUCUACCGAAGGUCAAAAUAAGGGAAAAAUUCCACUACAAACGUAUCGGGCAAGGGAUUAUAACAGAUAUCCGGAAUAGACUCCCCUACCUUCGCUCAGAUUAUUCAGAUGCUAUCAACUACAGAGUGAUUCCGUCUACUGUGUACAUUUUCUUUACGAAUUUGCUACCAGCAAUCGCAUUUGCCCAAGAUAUGUUUGACCACACAGAUAACUCUUAUGGCUUGAACGAAGUGCUCAUGAGUUCUGCCAUGGGAGGAAUCGUAUUUGGACUAUUUAGUGGACAACCUCUAUGCAUAGUUGGAGUGACAGGUCCUAUUGCAAUCUUCAACUUUACAGUUUAUGAUCUUAUAAAGGAUAGAGAUGUUGACUAUUUUUCUUUCAUGUGUUGGGUUUGCCUUUGGAGUACGUUAAUGCAUUUCAUUUUAGCAAUCUUCAAUACCGUUAAUUACAUAAGGUACAUCACCAUGUACUCUUGUGACGUAUUCGGGUUCUUCAUUAAUUGCAUCUAUAUUCAGAAAGGAAUUCAAAUUUUGACAAGACAGUUUGCUGAUGGGGACUAUGCGAAGGGUUUUGCCUCUGUAAUGGUGGCUCUAUUGAUGUGCAUAUUUGGUUUGGCCUCAGUAUUCUUUGGCACCGAUUCACAUUACAUUAAGCCAGUAGUACGGAAAAUUUUCUCUGAUUAUGGACUACCCUUGUCGGUAGUAUUCUUUUCGGGAUUCAUUCAUUUUGGCGGAUAUCUGAAUAAUAUCGACUUUGAAACUCUACCCAUUUCCCAGUCGUUUCGACCAACUUUUGAGGGAAGACGAUCCGAUUGGUUCAUAAGGUUCUGGGAAGGUUGUACCGUCGGAGAUGUAUUUCUAGCACUUCCUUUUGCACUUCUAUUGACAUUUCUAUUCUAUUUUGAUCAUAAUGUUUCAUCUUUAAUGUGCCAAGCACACCAAUUUCCAGUGACCAAGCCCUCAUCAUUCCAUUGGGAUUACUUUUUAUUGGGGAUUACUACUGGCGUUUCAGGGAUUCUAGGUAUCCCUGCACCUAACGGACUUAUACCACAAGCUCCGCUGCAUUCGUCGUCUCUAUGCAUAAAAACUCACGACUACGAAUCUGGGGUUGAUAUAGUGACAGGUAUGGUUGAGCAAAGGGUCACAAAUAUAGCCCAAGGGCUACUCACUCUUGGGAUGAUGGCUAGGCCGUUGUUGAUAGUUUUGGGAAAUGUUCCUCAAAGUGUCUUAGCAGGCCUGUUUUGGAUCAUGGGUCUCAGUGGGCUGAAUGGGAAUGAAGUAACCAACAAACUUCGAUUUCUAUUUACUGAUCCUGAGACUAUAAGGUUGAAUCCUACUGAAUAUCAAGCCAAGCUUAGCAAGAUUGAACGGAAGUGGCUCAUCUUGUUUGUUAUUUUUGAAUUAAUCGCUUUUGCUUGUGAAUUUGGAAUAACUUGUACAAGAGGGGCUAUUGGCUUUCCAGGGGUGUUGAUGUUUUUUGCUAUAUUUGCUACAUUUUUUGACAGGAUCUUUCCCCCAGAUCAACUGGAAAUGUUAGAUACUCACGCGGCAAGUGCAUUCAUCUUACAAAACUUACACAGGGAAACUAAAAUUUAG